AUAGAGAGCUUAAGCUAUAACUGCAGAGAAGAGUAGGAGGGUGAGUCCAAGCCCCAGAACAGAACCAACGACUAUCCAAGCGAAGAGAUUAAUAUUCCGUCAGGGAAAUAACAUAAAAUUGGAGGGAAGGAAGGAAGAUGGUGUUUGGGCAAGUAGUAGUCGGUCCUCCUGGCUCUGGCAAAACAACUUACUGCAAUGGCAUGUCUCAGUUCCUCAAUCUUAUUGGAAGGAAGGUUGCUGUUAUCAAUUUGGAUCCUGCUAAUGAUUCAUUACCCUAUGAAUGUGCUGUGAACAUCGAGGAUCUCGUGAAACUUAGUGAUGUAAUGGUGGAACAUUCUCUUGGUCCAAAUGGGGGUCUUGUGUUUUGCAUGGAUUAUCUAGAGAAAAAUAUUGACUGGUUGCAAGCAAAAUUGGAACCUCUUCUUAAAGAUCACUACCUACUCUUUGAUUUUCCUGGCCAAGUGGAACUCUUUUUUCUUCAUUCAAAUGCCAAGAAUGUCAUCAUGAAACUCAUAAAGAAAUUGAACCUAAGGUUAACUGCAGUGCAUUUGGUUGAUGCCCAUCUUUGCAGCGACCCUGGGAAGUAUAUCAGUGCAUUGCUUCUAUCCUUAUCCACAAUGCUGCAUCUAGAACUCCCCCACAUAAAUGUCUUGUCAAAAAUAGAUUUAAUUGAGAGCUAUGGAAGGCUAGGAUUUAAUCUUGAUUUCUAUACAGACGUACAAGACUUGUCAUAUUUACAACACCAUCUUGAUCAGGAUCCUCGCUCUGCUAAGUACAGAAAGCUCACAAAGGAAUUGUGUGAAGUUAUUGAAAACUUCAGUCUUGUGAAUUUUACAACUUUAGAUAUUCAGGACAAAGAGAGUGUAGGUAAUUUAGUGAAGCUGGUUGACAAAAGCAACGGGUACAUAUUUGCUGACAUAGAAGCAAGUGCAGUUGAAUUUAGCAAGAUUGCAAUUGGUCCUCUUGAUUGGGAUUAUUAUAGAUAUCCUUCAGUACAAGAGAAGUACAUGAAGGAUGAUGAAAAUAUUGAUUAUGAUGAUUGAUGGGGGAAAAUAAAUAAUUGAAAGAGAAUGAUAUCUUGAUAUUGGACAGGUAUUGGGUUUCUCGUCCUUAUAGUAAUGAAGAUUCUGAAAACAUAGUGGAAGCAGCAGAGCUGCCAGUUAGUUUCAUGACAUUACCUAAUUAAGGGCUUGUCCAAGAGCCGAAAAAGCAGCUACCAAAUUCGGCCAACUUUUUACUAUAUUAUUAAUAUCAGAAUCCUGCAUCCCUAUAGAUCUGAAUGAGAUUUUCGUUUGUUUUUUGAAGUCGAUUCAUUUUGAUUUUCACAUCCAGCGUAGAUAUUUUCUCGUUGUUGGACGUAUGAGAAAUGUGUUUGAGCAAGUUAUGCUGGACGGAAUGCAACGUGUAU